CCCCAUGUUCCCUUGGACUGCCAAAUGGGGGACGAGCAGGUGGGACCGUUCACCUUCGACAGACCGCUGUCGCUGACGGUGGAACUGGGGCCCGACUUCUCGCUGACCUACAGCGAGAACGCGGACUACCUCAAGGGCCUCAUGUUCUGGAUGGAGCGCGUGCUCGGCUGCAGGAAAGUCUCCGAGGACCAGGUCGAGAUAUCGGUCACUUUCAAAGAAACUUUUAGCUUCUGUCGCUUCAACGGGCGCGGCUUCUUUGACGCCUGGAUCGUCAAGGUCGUCGCUGCCGCCUCAGACGUCCAGGCGGAGAAGGUUUUAGAUCUCGCUGGGGCAUGGCACCCAGCUCGACAGUACCUGGAAGGGAGCUCCGCGCAGGGCGAUGGCGUCGCGCUCGAAGAGGUGUCUGGCGUGAUGAAACCAGUCGUCUUCGAAUAUGGGUUCCCAGCCUUGACUCCCACGGGUGUGAUGGACGCCAAAAAACAGCAUGCUCUGCUGCAGAGCGUGUGGGAAGGCCUCAAGACUUCUGUUGACGGCGGGGGCAGCACCUGCGUGCGGGGGGCAGUCGUCGACGAGUGGGUGGACGUUUGGAGCGCGGACCAGGAUUACGAGGAGUGCGCCGACCAGGUCUCGUCCCAGUUCAAGCACUCCAGCUGCGGCCCAUGGAGCGACGCGGGCACCAUUGCCGUGGGCUUCCUCGGCAUCAUGGGUCAAUUCGACACGCUCCUCAUGCACUGCAUCGACCAGCGCGCAGAAGGCAGCGACCAGUUCAAGUUCCAGGACGUCGCUGGCGACGAUGCCGUCAAGUCUGUGGCGUGGCUGCCCUUCGGGGUCGAGGGGGGGUAUGGCAAGCUGAGCCGUUGCCGCCCGGUCUGGCUGAGACCGGGCCUGCCAGUGCUGGCGUGGUUCACCGCGAUGGCCCUGACGGCACUGCUGACGCUCCUCUCAUGCUGCACGGGAUGUUCCUGCUGCUGUUGCCGCAGGAAUCAGGGCGUGGAGGAGCCCAGGACUAGCGACCACAACCUGACCCUGGCGCUGCAGUCGGCCGCCUCCAAGAAGGCGCUCGACGGCAUCAGCGCCGCGCCCUUCGGCAAGCUGCUGGCGAGCAUGGUCGCCGAGGCGCUCGGCGACGAGAGCCUCGAGGUGCCCGUGAGGUACGAGCACAUGGUCGGCUACUGCGGCUGGGGCCUCGCGAAGGUGGGCGGCAGGUUCUCGUACCACCGCCUGCAGCACGACGGCCUCGGGCGCGGGCAGACGGUGCAGUGGUGGGAGACGGAGGAGAAGUUCGUGAAGUGGUUGCAGGAGCAGUCCGACCGCACCCUUGCCGUCCACGGCUUCACGGAGGAGGAGCUCACGCGCAGCGAGCUGGUCGGCAACAAGACGGUGACCCGCGAGCAGCUGCUGGAGAUGCUGGACACGGCGGGCAAGUUCCCGCAGAUCGAGGAGACGGUUGGCGUCGGCGAGACGACGGUCGACUGCCUCGGGGUGGACCUCAGGUUCACUGUGCGGCUAACGUACCGAGGGAGCCCCUCCUUCCUCAGCAGCGUGGUGGACGAUGCGCCCCGGUCGAGCCAGUACGAGGACGUGGGCUCCUGGCUGAAGGAGGUGGCGAGGCACGUCCAGCGCUACCUGGCCACCAUGGCUGGCGCGCACGCGCGCGUCCAGGGCGACCGCCUCCGGCGGCAGCUGGAGCACGAGGCGGAGGCGCUGCUGGCCGGCCUCGAGCGGCAGCAGGCCGCGGAGGCGUCCGGCGAGCGGCCGCGCGCCGCGACGCGCCUGCGGCUGCCCACGCGCGAGGCGAGCGACACGGAGCGGAAGGCAUGCUACAACGUCUGGAGGCGGGCCUGCGAGGGAGUCCACAGGUGGCAGGGCACGCACGGGCUCGGCGGCUCUCUGGAGUACGAGGACGACUCCUUCCAGCGCUAUUUCGCAGAGGCACUGCUGCUGCGCCUGUUGGAGUCAGUGGGCGAGCACAUGAUCCACGCUCCCGAAUGGAUCGCGUGCGUGUACCAGAGGGCCCUUGGGUCGUUGAAGAUGACCCCGGCAUCCGGAGACGAACCCUGCUCGUUCAGCGUCGACGUCGAUUACACAGAUCUUUGUGAGCCCUUGCAGCAGUUCUGCCGGAAUUCCAACGUCUUCGCAAAACGACAGGGGAUAAAUUUCGAUGACAUGAACGACCAUGGUUUAUCGAACCCUGGCGCGCCGCAGCCUUUGGGCCUCACGAAGACAUUCCGGGAGCCCGCGGGCCCGCUGGUGUUGUGCAACACCGUCGUGAAUUAUCCAUGGCCCUUGUCCAUGGUGCUGUGGCUGUUCGCCAUUGCCUUGUACUUGCGCGACGUAGACUCCAACUUCUCUGGUAGAGUCGCUGUGACUGGCGACCGGCGUUUCUCCGAGUUCGUGGUCCUGCUGGUGGACCUUGUCUUUCAGUGCGUCGUGAAUUUCUGCGGUUUAUUCGUGAGCACCCCUGUGAGCUCCGCCAACAUCAAACUUCCUGUCCUCGGUUUCCAACGCGUCGGGAGUCUGUGUAGGCUCAUCGUCUUGGUGCCCAUAACCCUGGUGGUGCUCUGGGCCGAGGGCGACCUGCAGUCACUGGACGAUCUGGCUGGGCUCGAGGACGUGCUCGGAAUGAGCUCCCAGAGUGUCAGGACCGACCUCUGGUUCGUGCCGUACGCAUACUUGCUGAUGCGGUUUGCGUUCGGGCUGCUGCCCAAACACGGUCUGGGAGAGCGUCUGAGGUUCAACGACUCGGCAGAUCAGAAGGGGCAUCACAAGCGGAUCGGUUUCUUCUGGGUCGUCUUCGGGCUCAUCUGUUUCGUGUCCUACUACGGAGUGCUCACGGGGAUGGCCAGGCCCCUCACCCCGAAGGGCAUGUGCCAGAUCGGCGACAGCGACGACGACUUCUGCGAGGACAGGCAGCUGAUUCUGGGCAGCGGCCUUCCCUCCAUCACGUGGAAGGACACGCAGUGCGUCGCCUGCGUGACCAGCGUGGUCUCCGCCUGGCUGCUCGCGGCCAUCGGCAGCCUCCUGAUCCCCUACUUCAUCUUCAACUGCUGCGUGGCCUUCAUGGGGUCCUCCCUCGGCGUGUCCCGCGGGCUGGUCGAGACCAACAUCUCAUCCCUGGACUUCUCCGUGUACUCUCUCUCGUCGGAGUUCGACAGGCAGCGGAAGUCUGAGGCUGGGUGGGUGUCGCACGGCACUGUGCUGCACGCCAUCUACGGAAAAGACUGGAAGAAGGUGUGGGCCGUGAUGGUCGAGGGGCUCUUCGACGACUGCCUGGUCAACCAGCCAGUGCGCGACAAACUGCUGGCCGCGGCGAGCAGCGGUGGCAUGGUGGAACUGAAAGGUUCUGAGUCGUUGCGCAUCCUGCCACAAGCCAUGCAGCGCAUCGGGUACUUAUUCGCGAGCCACCGCGAGAUCCUGUCCAACAGACGGAUCUGCUUCGCGCCCUACUGCGGCAACGACCGCGACGUUCACUGCGACGCACUUGGCGUCACGCACCCAGGCCGAAUUCCCUCGCUCACGCAGAUCAUCCCGGUGUACAGCGAGGACGGGAUCAUGAGCAUCAAGGAGCUCUUGAGCAAGCCCGCGGGCGGCUCCGUCGCCACCACGCUCGAAUUCCUGGUCUCGCAGUUCCCCGACGAGUGGCAGAUCUUCGCAGAGACCCUCCGGCUGCACCCGACCGAGCUCUACGACAGGCUGGCCGGCGGGCGGUGCACGCCGCAGCAGCAGGACCAGGUGCGCGAGUGGGCCUCGCACCGCGCCCAGUCCGUGAUCCGCACCGUGAACGGCGCGGUGCACUACCACCGGGCCCUGCACCUGCUGCUGAACCGCGGCGAGGGCGUCGGCUUCGAGGACGUGCGGCGCCGCGUGCAGCUCAUCCUCGCGCACCAGACGUACGGCAAGGUGAGCAUGUCCAAGGCCAGCAAGGCCACGCUCCGCAGCGGCAUGCUCACCUUCCGGGGGGCGCACGGGCUGAAGCCCGGCGACACGGUGCGCCUGUCCCUGCAGGCGCGCUCGACCAUGGACCUCGCGGGGGGCCUGGUCUUCAAGAAGGUCGACAAGUUCAGGGACAACCUGAAGCCGAAGGCCCCGGCGCCGGGAGACGACGGCGCGGACGGCCUGCCGACCCUGCUGGGGAGGGCGAUGGCCGGCAGCAGGGAGCGCCCUAACUGCCUGGUGUUCUCGCUCACUAUCCUGGUCGCAGACAAGGCCGCCGCCAAGGCCCUCGAGGCUGCGGUCAAGGAGGCGGUGGUGGACGAGAGCGCCGGCGCGAUCGGUCUCGAGCACGUGACGCUGACGACGUCGGCGGUGGAGGGCGCUGCCAACGCGGGUGGGGAUCUGCUUGGAAUCCUCGGCUGGACCCAGCAGGGGAGCCCGCGGAUUUUCGAGCCGGCCAUCAGCGUCGAGUGCACGAUCACGCCGCCGCCAUCCACCAUAGUCGCGCACCUGGAAGGGCAGCUCGGAUCAAGCAGCACGCUGAAGUACACGCUCAUCGCGGCCAUCGAGGCCGCCGGGGGCUUGCAGCAGGUCGCGGAGGGCGAGGUGAGGCUGGGCGAGAUUAGCGCCGUGAGUCGCACGGGCCCGGCCGGUGGCGCUGCAGCCGAUUUCAAGGACUUCGUCAGCGGGGCUUUCUACACAGUCGGCAGCGUCUUGGAAGACCAGAGGGUGACUUUGGUAGGUUGCUCUGCGAACGGCGGUCAGGUGAUGUGUGAGAAGGUGGAGGCGAACAAGCGCGACCAAGAUUUGCACUACAUGUUGAGUAAGCACAAAGGCUACCCGUUCUUUGUGGCCAUCGACUUCCAGCGCGGAAAGACACAUCCUCGCCUUGAGGAGCUGAUUGACCAGCACGUACGGGGCAGUAGCAAGGACGAGGGCGUGAUGUUCAAGUACGCCAGCGUCCUGAUCAAGUACCGCUACUUCCGCGUCGGCGGAAGGGACGAGCGCCAGCAGGACGAGUGGCCGGUCGAGGUGGUCCACGUGCUCCCGAGGGCCCGUGGGCUGCUGAUCGGCUCCGAGGGCAACCUCACGCAGGGCAAGUCGGGGAACCAGCUGGGCGCGCUGCGCUUCGCCGAGGGCCACUUCCUGCAGAUGAUGGACGCCAACAUGGGGUGCUACUCGGGCGAGUCGUUCAAGGUGCCCGUGGUUCUCCAGGGCUUCUACCCGAAGCCCGCGGGAGGCGGCUCUGAGCACCGCCUGGCUCUGAGGGCCCGGAUCAUCGGCUUCCGCGAGCACAUCUUCACGCGCUCGCACGGGCUGGUGGGCACCAUCAUGGCCGAUUCCGAGUGGACGUUCGGCACCCUGGUGCAGCGGCUGCUGGGCUUCCUCAACGUGCGCAUGCACUAUGGCCACCCGGACUUCAUGGACUGCUUCUGGGCCUCGAACCGCGGCUCCGUGUCCAAGGCCUCGCCGCACAUCAACCUCUCCGAAGACAUCUUCGCUGGCCUCAACGUCAACGCCCGCGACGAGCGGUCGCUGCACACGGACAUACUGGAGUGGGAGAAGGGGCGCGAGGUGCAGUUCUGCGCCGGCUCCGGCUUCUUCUGGAAGAUCUCUUCUGGCAGCGUGGGGCUCAUGCGCACGCGCGACCUGCGCAGCCUGUGCGGCAGGGCCUCCAUCAUGCAGUCCGUCGCCCUCUACUUCGCCACGGUGGCCUGGUACGUGCACAACAUCCUCGUGGACUACGGCACCGAGCUGUACGUGCUGCUGUUCGUGUUCAUGACGUUCGCCUCCAAGUCCCUCAACGACCUGGGCGCGCUGGGGUCCGCGCUGGCGGUGGAGUGGUUCAUCGCGGGGGUCGGCGGAUCACCCCGGCGCUCAGCGCCACGCUGCCGGCCGUGA